AUGGCACAUUUCGCGUUAUUGUGGAAAGCUAGGACUAUUGAAAAGUACAGACAGAACUAUGAAAACCAAAAAUAUAUCUCUGUCCAAAAAACUAACACUCCAAUGCCGCAGAAAUCUCUUUCUCAAAGAUUACGAUGCUACAGACAGGAUACGCAAAAGCGCUUUUCUAAGAUUUUUCAAAAGUUGUAUCCCGAAGGAUCCUCUUUAUCAAACUUCUUCUUGUAUCUAAGAACAGAUCAAGCAUGUCUUUAUUUUGUCCUCAAAAGUUUGUUGGGUUUUCUUACAGGAUUGGGGCUGACAUAUCUUUGUUUUUUAUUUUUAGUUUUUCAACUUUCUAUUUCACUUUUCCACGCUACAAUUGUAAGCUCCAUUAUCGGUGUCUUGCUUACAAUGAGUCUGGCUUUUAGCUACAGGAUUAGGUGCUUAGUAUUUCUUCUUCUUCCACAAUUCUUUUCAAGAGCUGGACGGUACACCUUAACGUGUUACGCUCUUGUGCUUAUUCUUACUGGACCUGCAACAAAUACACUGAAAAAUUCUGAAGUCUUGACGGAAUCAAUGGCCUGCCGUCAGGAGGAGAUAAAAUCUCUUGUUUACGAAGUUAAACAGACUAUGAGAAAACCAUUGAACUCCAUGAGAGAGACCAUCAAAAUCAUGGUGCAGAAAUUACAUUUAUUCACAAGAAAUCUGAAAAUUACUUUAUUGAAAGUCAAUAGACUCAGUUUAAGCGUUUUAGAAACUAUUCAAUCUACAUUUUCCUGGUUACAAUGGUUAUCAGAAGUUUGCAACAGAAAAAUGGGAUCUCCGUAUGAACGUUGUAUUAAAUCCUUUGGAGAUAGAACUUUUCAUUAUAAAGGAAAAUAUAAACCAAACAAUGAAAAGGCCAAACGUCAGCCUAUUAAAGCUGAAGAGAUUUGCUCAAAUGUUAAAAAGUAUAAAGCAACAUGCUUUUUCACUGAUUUUGUUAACGGAAGUUUCGUUGCUUCUAUUAAGAGAAGACUUAAAGAAUUUUCACAGCGAAUCAGAGAAAUGUUAUAUCUUCAGAUUCAUGUGCACCACUCAUACUCUUUCCCAAGCAAUACUAGCCAUUCAGCUAGCCAAGUUGCUGCUGGUAUUGUAACUGAAAUAAGGAAGCGAGCUGAUCCUCUUCUUACUUGGCUAUCUUGGAGUUCAUGUGUUACUAGUUUAUUCCUAUUGCUGAUUAUAUUUAGAGCAAAAUACUACCAGCACAUGUUUGAAACUCGAUCCCGUUUCGAUAAUAAAUACAUAACUAAAGAGAUAAGAGAUUUGGAUUUGAACAGACUUCGUCAUGGAAGAGAAACUAUUUUGCCGUUAAAUAAAAGAGAGAGAUCCAAAUACGUUUCAACAACAUCAUUUCGACUUGCAGCAUCCGAAAAGAUUCAUUUGAAUAGAUCAAUUGUUUUCAUGACAAUCACGACUUUUAAAUUACUAAUUCAUAUGGUGGCAGAUUAUAGUUUGUACUGGGUACUGAUGACAAUUCAAUAUCAUGGAAAGAAUCAGUCACCUUUGCCAUAUGGAGUGCCUAACGCAGGCAUGCAUAUAUCGGGUAAGGGAAGAGUAGCAGACAUGUUUAGAGACUUACUAAUGGCAUUAACGACUCCAUUGGAGAUAUCGCAUCCUUUACCAACAAACUGUCUUCCAGAUCCUAAACCACCGGACUUGCAACGAUAUACUCAAAUUGGUAUUUUGAUAUUUCUCCUUUGGUUCUUUUCUUUAUUCGAGCCAUAUGGAUUGCGUCUUCGCCAUGUUGUCAUGGGACUUUAUCGUCCAGAACGGGCUAAAGCAAGAGCCGAAUGGCUUUACAACCACAUUCUCAGAACUAGAGGUGGUUUCAUGAAAUUUGCUAGAAGGAAACUUCACAGGACCUAUAAAUGCUAUUCAGAAGAAAGAUAUACAUUUAAAAGAUGGCUAAGCGAUCAUAUACCGUGUGAUACGCCCAAUUGUCCGGGAACAUAUUGUAGCAAUUGUUUCUCGGACUUGGGUGAAUUAUGUACUAUUUGUAUAUCACCUAGUGAUUAUGGGGACCUAAGUGACGUAAGUUUGGAAAAGUAA